AUGUGGGCUCCUCGAGGUCUGCCCCACCUCCCGCUAACCCAACAGGCUGUCGCUAUCGGGACCACUCUCACGCCUCUCUUACCACACGCCCCAAAUCUGUUGAAGGCUGCCGCAGAGCAUUCUGAGAAGAAAGAUUCAUUGGAGGAGGAGCUGGAAACUGUCAGAGGUAAUACAGCCACUGAGAGAAGUGCCAAGGUGAAGCUCAACCUGGAGGUCCAUGCCCUCCGAGACAAAGCCAGAGAAGACCAAGAAAGGAAAACUGCCCUGGAGGAGGAGGUGGAGUACCAGCAAGGGGUCGUAUCUAAACUCAAGGCAGAGCUGAGGAAGCUUCAACAAAGCUACGACUCAUCAAUUGCCGUUACAGUUGCAGCGUCCACAGAGAAACAGGAAGUGAGCAGCCGCAGUGGUAUCAUUGACCAGUUCAAGGUGUGUAUCCUAGAGGGAGAGAAGAAACAACUGCAGCUCCGUGUCAAGGAAGAUAAGAGACAGCUUACUCGUUGCUACAUGCAAAUCAAGUCUCUUGAAGAGGAAAAUGCUGUUCUCAAGAAAAAUGUGAUUGGUACACCCAAGAAAAUAAAGCAAGAAGACGAAGAUAAAGAAAGUCCAGGGCUUGACUGGAGCCUGUCAAAACUUUUCAAGAAGCGACGUUCACUGAGUUAUGAAGACGUGAAGGAAAAGGCCGAAGCAAUCAGGAGGAAGAAUAAUGAAAUUCCCCUCAAAGAGUCAUCAAAAGAAAAUGAGAUGAAAAGUCCUAUCCCAAGCACUGGACCAUUAAACACUGGACGAUUAAGACGGAAAUCUUCUGCAAAAGAAGGAGAUGAAAACUGCAAAAUUCAGUGAAGACUAUAUGCGCAGUGAACAUAUGCCAUUGAACCUCCUCUAAUCUACAAUAUAAAUUGUAGAGACGCAGAGGACAGAAGUUUAACAAUUUGCUUUAUGAAGGAAUGGGAACUUCUUUCAUCCCAGUAGUGAUCAGGACAUAAAGAAAUGGAACAACCAGCCCAGUGGUGCAAUGACAAGUUUGUGGCUUUGAUGUGACUUGAGUACUCUAUUGACCUUUUCUACCUUUUUUCAGCCUUUCGCCAUCAAAAUGAGAAGGAUUAGAGCUCGUAGAUCCACACAGACAGACUCACAUUUGCUGUGCAGGAACAGGAAAAUAAUGCAGAAUUCCAUUUCCCAACAAUUUAAACUAUAAGAUUGUAUGCUGCCAGGGUUGGUUAAUUUUGUAUAAUGAUUAGUAAAAGACAUGCCAUCAUA